AUGAGCAACUAUUCUGAAAUACUCAAACCAAGAAUAAUCCCAAUUUCAUAUUCCAAAACUGAUGUUCCACCACCUCCUGGCUAUUCAGAAUCUGUGUUUUCCACGACAACAAAAUCGCAGACACUGUCAGGUAAAAAGGCAAAGCAUGACGACGCAGAAUUGAAUGCUUUAAAGUCUAAGAAAAUCUGGGAAUUAGCAAUUGGCCCGGCAAAAUCGAUACCAAUGAACUUAUUUAUGAGUUAUAUGACAGGAAAUUCCUUACAAGUGAUCUCAGUAACUAUGACAUUAAUGUUGUUAUGGAACCCUAUAAAGGCAAUCUUCAAUGAAACCAAUCCGACCUUUUCCAAAUUGUCAACGAAAAACAAUGGAAGUGAAAUUAUUUUAGCAAAACUUGUAUUUAUUAUAUGUCAAGUGUUUAAUAUGUGUAUUGGCGUUUACAAAUUAUACAAAAUGGGUCUUAUACCUCACCAGGAAGCUGAUUGGUUAGCCUGGAAAGAACCCAAGAGAUUUAUAGAUAGGUUAUAUUACUAA